UGGCAGCGUGAGCGUGUAGCAUUAAUAGCUAACAACAAACAAGUUCAACUCACUGUAUUAAGGGAUUAUACAGGCUUUCUAAAUGUACACCAACAUGGUGAUGGAACGCCAGUUUUCAGGCAAACUGAAACCCAGAAUAUCUAAUAAGGAGCGCUUUCAUUGUGUCAAUCCAGAUAUUAACCUUCCUCUGUAUCCAGCUUUAAAGGACUGGCUUCCAUGUAAUCAUGAAUAUCAUGUGUGUGACUACAAGACCAUACGACAGACACAGGACCACGUUGAUUUUUCCGCCACAUUGAGAAUGACCAUAUCUUCUGUUGAGGAAGUUCAGCAGUGGGUGAAAAGUUCAUCCAUCACCUGGAGAAUUGAUAGAACCAGACCACCUAAAGGGCAAAGAGUUAUCUUUAAGGUGGACUACCGAUGCCAUCACAACACAAAACCAAGAAACGCAGUGGAAGCAUCGGGGAGACGGACCAAAAACACAAACUGCCCUGCAAAGAUGAGCAUCACUCUCCAUCGACCACAGGGAAGCAAUGGCAGACAAUGUCGGAGCACAGAUCCUCACAUGCCAGCCUUUCCAACAAUAGUGCACAUCACCAACGAGCAUAAUCACAACCUACACGUACCAGAUGCUUUGAGGUACAAGGAUGUCGGACAGGAUGCCAUACUGAAGCUGAAGAAGCUUUUUGAAGCUGGUCAUUCACCGUCUACCGCUCUGGAUGUGUUGAAAUAUGAUCUCCAGUUAGAACUUGGAGAGGACUAUGCAUAUGCCUCAGCUGAUCGAUCCAUUUGCCCAGACAUUCAGUUUUGCUACAGGUUGUACCACCAAGUUUCCAAGUCUCUUAGAGAACCCAGUCCAUCACCCUCCAUUAUUCCCAGCCAGGACACAAAUAGCUCCUGGACUGAGAUCGACCACUCUGAACAGGCAUUAAUGAUGGGACAUGAGAUCGUCACCACAGAAGUGAUUUCUGAGGAAGAGAACCCUGUGGACAAGUUAAAGACAUGCUUAUCCGAAUUGUGCGACAUCGUCGAGAGGGAGCCGAGCGUGUGGGCAGCGACACAAGACUUCAUAAAGGGAAUCGAAAGGAUCCAGCACAACCCAGUAAAGCUGGCAUCAGCCAUGCACGCCUUCGGCCGCUACAGCUGUCUGCUCAUGAAGAAGAGGGCCAAAACUAUCCGCAGGGGCUCUCCGUGUUCGGGACUUACGCUCACCGCCCAGCCUAACACAGGGGCUCGCAGGAAGCCCAAACUCGAUGUAAAACGUCGCAUCUCUGCGGUCCGACAGAGCAAGACAAUGUCAGGGCCCGACCACGAGUACAGUCAGCCAGAAAAACGACGACUAUCGGGGCACCACACUUUUGUACACGGCAUCCCAAAAUCCAGUGUUAAAUAAUAGUUGCUGUUUGCUGAAAAUGCUGUUUUGCUUCUUAGCCUGAUUCCCUAUGGCAGUGUUUUCCAAGCCUGGUCCUCGAUUAGCAUUACCCUGCACAUUUAAACCUUUUUUAAUUAUUUAGCUGUUAAGUUAAAUCUAAGUACGUUGGAGCACAAAAAACAAUCCACUGUGCAGGUCAAAGUUACUUGAGGAGCAGAAUAAAAUACACAAAUGUGUAGACUCUUGGCUUUAAUGCUUCUCUGGUCUUGUAUAUUCAUUGGAUGUGGUUUUUUACAAACCUGUACUCAUAACCCAGAUCCUUAACCCCUCACUUGAUGCCACUUUACCUCUUCUGCGCAUCACUUUAAACUGUGUCAUCAUGGAAUGUGUUGCAUAAAAUAAGUGGAUAAAAAGAUGCCUAAACUA